AUGGAUUUCCCUCUCUCAGAGCUUGAAAACAGUUUGCUUAUGCUUUCAACCUUAGAUUUCCCAGCACCUUUACUACGGACUCGCAGUGCCAUUUCUUUUUUGGCGUUAUCGGAGGGUUUUCCCCCAACCCUAGCUUUUCUUUCUUUACCUGGUAAUUUUUUGGAAGGUUCAGCAAGAGAUAGUCGAGAUCGAGACUGCCGAUUGGUAUCAGCGGCGUUGGUGCGUGUAGAUGGAGCGUUAGAUGUCUUUCUCUUCUUUCUUUUAGAUCCAUGACACACGGAUACAUCAGAAGGGAGUGAUGAUGAAUCGAUAG